AUAGAAACGGGAAAGUCAGAGAAAGUAAAGAUCAGCUCUGUAAAUUUUAAAGGUUCAGUUAAACAGCUCAAAGAGGGAAUUUCAAAGAAAAUAAAAACGUCUGAUACAGAGUUUGAGGUCAUAUACUGUGGACAGUGUUUAGAUGAACAAAAGCCUGUGGAUGCAUAUGGAUUAAGAGAUGGAGUCACCUUGUACGUGGUAAAAAAGUACAAAAAGGAGCCUACAAAAUCACCAGAAAAGAUGUCUGACAUGGCUAUGAGACAGCUGGUGGUGACGUUGCAAUCUGCAUUGUUAAAUCCUUCAUGUAAAAACACUAUAGAAAGGAUCUUAAACAGCCCAGAGGCAUUGGAGCGUUUGAUAUCUGCCACUCCGGGGCUGGAGAGUGAUCCAGUUGCUCUAUCCAUGUUGCAAGAUCAAGAACUCUUAGCUAUUUUGGCUCAUCCUGAAAACAUAAAAGAAGUGGUAAACAAACACCCAGCCUUUGGACAAGCAGCCAUGACCGUUUGUCAGAUGGUGAAUGAGGAGGGCUCUGGUCGAGACUCCGACAGAAUUACAACAGGCUCAUUCUACCUGGAUCAAAUGUCUGAUGAUGAAGAUGACUCAAUAUCAAACAGACCUGGUCCCAGUUCUGGUGGAAUCACGGCAUCACAAUUAGCAGCAGCCUUAGCAUCAGCCACAGGGGUAUCACCAGGGGGAGCCACAAGUCAACCAUUGCCUAACAUCUUACCAGGUGCAAUAACAGCAGAUUUCUUCCAGCAAGCCAUAAGGCAAGCCCAGGAGUCAACAAAUGAGGGCCCCAUAUUACAAACACAGCUACAACAGCUGAGAGACAUGGGAAUCACAGAUGAGGCUUUGGCCAGGCGAGCUCUACAGGCCACAGGUGGCGACCUUCAGGCAGCACUGGAUAUGUUGUUUGGGGAUGGACAGUUCUAAUUGUCAGAUAUACUACUACUGAAACAAAUUCUGGAUUAUUGUCUUAAGUUUUAAAUUUUGUCAGUACUAAAAGUUACAAGCAAUUUAUUUAGAUGUAUGCAUGUGUGUACUUACUUUAUAAUGAAUUGUUAUAAAUACAUCUACA